AUGGGAAAGUUGAGAUCCAGUCUGGAAGCCCAUAAGUCGGCACUGGAGCUGGCACUCGACAUGCUCACGUUGUCCCUCACGAAAGAUAUCAAGACCGACACUACCGAAAUUCGCAACGAUACAGCUGCUAUCAAAGACGAUACGGCUCAGAUUCUUCAAGAAAUUGUACAGCUUCAAGCCCGACUACCCGAAACAGCUGCUGCACCAAAUGACUUCAUCUUGCAGAAGUUUCUUGAGGAUAUGGCGACUUAUACAGAAACAACUCUUGAUGUUGAUGGGGGAUUCAGUGACAGAGCAAGCUCCAAGGCCCUGUCAUUCAUCGACGAGCGCGAGGAGAGUCCGCGUCUAUCAAACCCUUCUGAUCUUCCUGUCCGUACCUCACAGAAUGAGUGCAAUAUCGAGGCCGAUCAAGGGUCCCACUUAUCAACCACGGCAUAUGAUGACGAUGGUGUGGCAAAGGCAGACGACCUGGAGCAUCCCGAAGAGAAUGUCUUUGCCAAGCUCGCAAAACGGAAAUCCCUAAUCAAGGGCUACGAUGCCGAUUUGGCCGAAAGAAACGUGACAUCCCAAAGCCUUUCACCCUAUUUAGAACCUACUCCUGGAUCCGAAAUUCUGGAACCAAUUCCUCUGAAACCUGCGUGGGCCAAGUCCUCGGAUUGCGAUUACGUGGUAGAACAAACAUCCGCCACUACACUUGAUUCAACACGGAAUGUUCAAACAGUCCUCACUAAUCCAAGGCCAGACCAUGUUGUACCGUCUAUUCCAAAAAAGCUAAUUCCUGACAAGCCUGGGGUGGAACGCAGAGCACAUGUAAAAGAUCUAUCACCAGAGAUGGUGUUUCGGGUAGCGUAUAACGUCCACCCAUUUUUCAACAACUUUGUCCACGAUGUGCCUGUUCCAGACGAUAUUCUGAAGGCCGUUCCUCUUAAAAACGGACGUGAAUUCACUACCUCUAGAUUCACCUGGGUAACAUGCCCACCGCACAAGAUGGUUGCUGAAAAGUAUUGCCUCAGACCCACAUUCUACACAACAACGCCGGUGACAAAGUUCAUACUGCUGGUGGUGGUGAGACCUUUGGAUCAAGACCUCAGAAACACAUGGAGCCUGAUCCAUAAAGUAAUCGCUUAUGCAGAAGAGAAGAUUGGACCGGAGACUUGGAAACAGAUCCGUGUGCACAUCCACAUUGAAUGGCAUAUUUCCAAACUUUGUUUCGGGUUUCUCAAGAUAAUCGGGGCAAUCCAGGAUUUUAACAUUCCUGCUAAGAGAGUAUAUCAAAAAAUGGUUCUGCGCGCGGCUCUCACCCAAGACACUCUGGAAGUUACGGGGAAAUACGUUGAAGGCACCAUCCAGGAGCUGAUACAGGCACAGUCCACUGUGCAACUUCGUGAGGCGUACAGCGGAGAAAGCGGGGAGGUCCAUCCUGCAGACAUUCCCAUCCGGGUAGUGGGCUUGGACCGCCAAAAAGCCUCUGGUCACGACCGAUGA